AUGCCUUCUGAGCCCACGCUCGAAGGCCUUCCGGCGGACAUACUGGAGAGGAUUUCUUGCAUGCUGGGUCUGGAAGAGUUGUGCAGUCUUCGGAUGACGUGUCGAGAUUUUGCUUCUCGUGUGGCUCAAGGUCGUUUCGUGGAGUACGUUGAACACAAGCGAGUCACUUUCGAAACACUGGCGCUGCAACGAUUCGCUGAAAUGACAAAGCCCGGCCGUCCGGGAUGUCAGAUGAGGGGGUUGUGUAUUGUUGGUAGUGUCGAUAUCUUCGAGAGUUGCUGCGCUGAGUUGCUGGGACGGGUCUUUGAGAAUUUGAAAGGGAACUUGGCGAGUGGAUUUAUGGAGUCGCUGGAGAUUCAGAUGCCGAGUGAGGAUGAUGAUGUGCAUGUAAGGACGACCGGGUGGCGGUUGAGGUGGAGUGCUGGGAAUGUGCUGGUGAGGGAGGCGAUGCGAGCGCUGGGAGGGAGUGGAUUGGCAGUUGGGGCGCUUGAUUUGUUUGCGGGGACGAGGUGUUGUGGAUUGGGGAUUGAUUCGCUGGAGGAUGUGCCGUUGGAGUGCCUGAGAGGGUUGAGGAGUGUGAGGUUGAGUUUGACCUACUCGUCUCCCGGGGACGGAGGUAUGGACGGAGACGUUCGUCGUGGGUGUGGAAUGUCCUCCCUGCUCACAUCCUGCCCUAAUCUCGAGGCUGUGGACCUACACUGGUACAACGACGACAUCGAUCAUCGUCCUAUAUCAGCCGCGAGCGAUGAGAAGCACUUCCUCAACCAAAUCAGCUCUCCCUACCUCAACCUCAGAAACCUCACCCUCCGCGGCAUAUCCUGCCAAAGCUCCGCCCUCCUCACACUCCUCCAAUCCGCCCCUAAACUCCAAACAACCACCCUCGAACACAUCCAUCCUUCCGGCAACGGCUCCUUCAAACCCAUCCCCUCAUUCCAAUCACUACAACAUCUGCACCUCAACGACCUAACCGAAGCCAGCAACUUCAACAGAAUCCAAAACCCCCUGCAAACUCCACUUCGACGGCCCAGGCAAGCUUCACCUCCACACCGCAGCGCGGCUCAUCAGACCGAAUCAUCUCACGAGGAAGGCCCAGCAGUGUCGGAUGUCGAUGACGUAUGUUGUGUAUGGCGCGAGGGCGAAGGCGUCGCCGGGGUUGUGGCGGUGUAUGGGUAG